CCCGGCCCGGGCAUGGCCGCCGCCGAGGCCUCGAUCCGCGCCUGCCGGCCCGAGGACUGCGCGGACGUCGCGCGCCUGAUCCGGGAACUGGCGGAGUUUGAGAACCUGUCCGACCAGGUAAAAAUCAGUGAGCAAGGGCUUCGUGAAGAUGGCUUCAGCCAGGAUCCCUUUUAUAAGUGCGUGGUGGCCGAGGUCCCCCCCGAGUGCCGCAGCAAAGCUGGUCACACGCUCGUGGGCUACGGCCUCUAUUUUUUCACGUACAGCACUUGGAAAGGCAGAAACAUCUACGUGGAGGACCUUUACGUGAUGCCUGAAUUUCGGGGGAAGGGGAUCGGGAAGAAGCUGAUGAGCGCCAUUGCCAAGGUAACCCGUCUCCCCUGGGACAGGGGCUGCACGCAGAUGCGGCUGGCCGUGCUCGACUGGAACCGCCCGGCCAUCGACUUCUACCUGGGCAAGGGGGCCACGGACCUGACGGCCGCGGAGGGCUGGCACGUCUUCCGCUUCGAGCAGGCGGCCAUGCUGUGCCUGUCCUCGGGGGAAUGAGCCGUGCCUGGGCAGGGGGGGCCUGGCGGAAGAUGCGGGGACCCGUCCCACCGCGGAGGAGCAUGGGGUCCGCGGGGACCCAGGAGUCCUGCCCCACCCGCCUUCCUGACCGGGGCCCCUCCAGCAAUGCGCUUGGACAUCCCGGGACGGCAGCACCCACCGAGGGGGCACCGCAGAGCGUAGGGGCGCCAUCGCACCCCUUGGGAGGCCCCGUGGGUCAGGGCGAGCGGUCAGGCAGAAAUAAAACACCGUUUUAAAAUGC